AUGAAGAUUACAAACCAAUAUGUCCGAGAGCUUCUUUCAGAAUUCUUAAGCACUUAUAUCAUGAUGCUCUUUGGCUUAGGCUCAGUUGCUCAGGUGGUCAUGGGAGGUGGUUCCUAUGGUAACUACUUAAGUAUAAACCUGGGCUUUGGUCUUGGAGUCACCAUGGGCAUUCACAUUGGUGGUGGGGUCUCAGGUGCUCACAUGAACACUUCAGUGACAUUUGCAAUGUGCCUAGUAGGAAAUCUGGUUUGGAAGAAGCUGCCAGUAUAUGCACUGGGACAAUUACUGGGCUCCUUUUUGGCUGCAGUCACCAUCUUCUGGCUUUAUUAUGAUGCCUUACAAGACUACUGUGGUGGAAACUUCACGGUGACUGGACCCAAAGCCACAGCAGGGAUCUUUGCUACGUAUCCAGCUCCUUUCUUGUCUGUAGCAGGAGGUUUUAUAGACCAGGUGGUAGGAACAGCGGUACUGCAGCUAUGUAUUCAAGCUAUCAAUGAUCAGAAGAACUGCUCAGCCCUCAGUGGGACAUCUCCAUUGGUGACUGGCCUGUUGGUGGCACUUAUUGGUAUCUCCUUGGGUAGUAACAGUGGCUAUCCUAUCAAUCCAGCCAGAGAUCUUCCUCCCAGGAUCUUCACUGCUAUGGCAGGUUGGGGGACUACUGUUUUCAGUGCAGGAAAUAACUGGUGGUGGAUCCCUGUUGUUGCACCAAUGUUUGGCAGUGUGAUUGGAGUCCUAAUCUACAAAGUGUUCAUUGAAAUGCAUCACCCUUCAGUUGAGCAGCAGAAGAAACAUAUUAAAGAAAAAAGCCCAAGUACAGAUCUUUCUCUUUGCUUUUGA